AUGGCGAGCUUUUCCAGAGGACUACGGUCCUAUUCUGCUACCAUCAACUCAGGUUGCUCACGAUGUCUCAAAUUUUCUACAACGUCUUUCGUUCAAUCAGGUCACAGUCGUUGGUCAAAGAUCAAACACGAGAAAGGAGUUACGGAUCAUAGAAGGUCCAAGGCAAACGGGAUCCUGGCGCAAGCAAUCGCAUAUGCCUCCAAAGGUCUCACACCUUCUGCCCUUGGUACGAUAUGGACUGCUGACAGUAAUGUAGUUGGAGGUCCUGAUCCGAAUUUUAAUUUUGGACUAGCUCACGCGCUGGUGAUCGCGAAGAAAGCUGGAUUCCCGAAAGCUAGCAUGGAGGCAGCAAUAAACCGAGGCCAGUCCAAGAGUUCUACUGGUGCUGCACUGAGUAAUGUUGUUUUGGAAACGAUGGCGCCAGCACAAGUUAGCAUGAUUAUCGAAGCCGAAACGGAUAAUUCCAAACGUACUCUCGACGAAUUGAAACACUUAGUAAAGAAGGCCGGUGGGUUGUCUACAUCCGCAAGUCAUCUGUUUGAGAAGAAGGGGAAAAUCACCUUCGAAGAGCACGAAAAUCUUGGGGUUGAUGAUGUUCUGGAUGAGGCUAUAGAGGCUGGCGCCCUCGACGUAACGCAGGACGGAGGAAUUGUCGUAUGGACAGAGCCAAACAAUACAAUGGCUGCAGCCGAAACUUUGACAGAAAAAUUGGGCUUGAAAGUCCAAACCGCAGAGAUUGUGUGGGACGCCAACGAGGAGACGAAAUCGCCUUUGGAUAAUACAAAUCGAGAGGCAAUAGCAGCGCUGAAGCACUUCCUCGAUCAAGUACAGGACCAUGGGGAUGUCUCGGCAAUAUAUGCAAAUGUUGCACAAGGAAACCUGAGUGACGAUGAGUGGGAGGAGAUACAAGACAGGCUGUAUUCAUAG